UCCGCUCCACGUCUCACCGCUGCCGGGGACUCUGCUUCGGAAGAUGGCUGCGGUGGAGCGUCCACCGGCCACGGAAGGAGUCCGGAUCGCAGUGCUCUGUGUUUGCUGGUACACUGUCAGCUCGGGGGGCAACGUCGUCAACAAAAUCAUAUUGAAUGGAUUCCCCUAUCCGGUCACCGUGUCGCUCUUUCACAUUCUCUCCAUCGUCAUAUUCCUUCCGCCGUUGUUACGGGCAUGGGGUGUCCCCAAAACUGAACUGCCUGGGAGAUACUACCGAUGGUAUAUUCUCCCUUUAGCUUUUGGAAAAUAUUUCGCGUCCGUGUCGGCACACUUCAGUAUAUGGAAGGUUCCUGUCUCGUACGCGCACACAGUGAAAGCCACAAUGCCGAUAUGGGUCGUCCUGUUAUCAAGAAUCAUAAUGAAGGAGAAGCAGACAACAAAGGUGUACGUGUCUCUCGUCCCCAUCAUCGGCGGCGUGCUGCUGGCCACGGUGACUGAGCUGUCCUUCGACCUCUCCGGUCUGAUCAGUGCCCUCGCUGCCACACUCUGCUUCUCCCUCCAAAACAUCUUCUCCAAAAAGGUGCUGCGGGACACUGGCAUGCACCACCUGCGGCUGCUCAGCGUGCUCGGCUUCAACGCUGUCCUGUUCAUGCUGCCCACCUGGGUGCUGGUGGACCUGUCCGCCUUCCUGGUGGAGGAGGAUAUGAGUGAAAUAUCCAACUGGUCGGGAACCAUCCUGCUGCUGGUGGUUAGCGGUUUCUGCAACUUCGCCCAGAAUGUGAUCGCCUUCAGCCUGCUGAACCUGGUCAGCCCUCUGAGCUACGCUGUGGCUAACGCCACCAAGAGGAUCAUGGUCAUCAGCAUCUCCCUACUGUUGCUGCGAAACCCUGUCACCUCUAGCAACCUACUGGGCAUGCUCACUGCCAUCCUGGGGGUCUUCCUCUACAACAAGGCAAAGUAUGACUCCAACCAGGCAGCCAAGAGGAGGGAGCUGCCCUUCUCCAAGCAGGAUGUGGUGACCUUUGACCACGGAGCCCUCGGUCUGGAGAAAGCGCAGCCCCACAAUGGGACCGGCUCUUUCUCCCAGGUGGUGGACUUCGAGUUUGACAGGAACAACGUGCUGACCGACCACUUCCAGUACAGCCGUCAGAACCACCUGAUGGGACACAGACCCAACCAGUAUGACGUCUAGGAAGGAACCUCUGUAGACA